UUUUAUUCUUUAGGUUAAGUGUUUUGAAGUCACUGUAUGAACUUCAUGUAAGCUUCAUGUCAGCUUAAUGUUUAAACCACGCUUUGUACAAAUCCCAGACCUAGUUUAUGAGGCAGAGCAACGACCCACAAAACCAAAGUGCAACUUUCUUUUUAGAUCUCUUCCGCCUUCUUCAGCUUAUGCAUCCUUGCGCUUGUGUUUGACGAAGUGAAGCACAGAGGAUGAGGAAAGAUCUUGGCUUCAAAUAACAGCAAAAAAAUAAAUAAAUUAAAAGAUCCUACAUUUAAAAUGAAGAUGCUUGUGUGGUUUGGAUUAGUGCUGGGUGCACUUUCUGCUGCUGGUAAUGUGUUCGUCACAAAACCAGAGCAGACCGUCACCUUGGAGUGUGGAGUCAACAAUUUCAGAGGUAGCCUGGAGUGGCGUCGUGGAGAUCAACGGAUUUUUUCCGUUGAUGGUAAAACUGGCUUCAAACGUAAAGGUACCAUUGAUAUUGUGAGCAGGUCAUACGAUAGGACCACAAAUCUGGAGGUUCGUAGAGUGAAGUUAGAAGAUGCUGGAAAGUUCACUUGCAUAGCAGAUGGAAAUACUAAAGAGCAUACUCUUCUCGUUGUCUCAGUCUCAACCAACCCCUCUGGUGAUCUCCACCUGGGCAGUGAGGUUGCACUCACCUGCCAGGUAAGCGGUCUGGACACAGCCCCUGCAGUGCACUGGAAGGGGCCAGAUGGGAAACUAAAUUCAGGGUCACUGAAAUCUGUGGCCCGCUCAGAUGCAGGGACCUGGAAGUGCGAGUUCUCCCACGGUGGACAGACAUACAGUGAGAGCAUAGACAUCAAAGUUACAGAUCCUCCUACUCCUCCACCUCCACCACCUCCGCCAGGCCCUUCCCAAAGCUCACCGGGCUCCCAUAAGACAACCUGCCCCAACUGUACGGCUAACCCUCCAUCUGGUGCCUCUGACUUGCUGGGCCUCAAGUGGUGGGUGUGGGUUGCCAUUGGUGUAGGCUGCCUGGUUAUGAUUCUCCUGAUGGUCUUUGUCAUUUGCCUGUGCAAGAAGAUCAAAACAAAGAAGAGAAGGCUGCAGAAAAUGAGGAACAGCCGCCAGUUUCCCAAGAAGUACUGUCAGUGUAACCGCCCAACAGCUGUAGGGAAACCGCAGCAAGGACGCCGGAGAGAGAAGCCAUCAGCCCCCCCUUUGCAACCCCUCCUAAUAGAGUGACAUGAAAGGCUCAUCGAAGAAAGGAAAGAUAGACAAAAAGAAGAAGAAGAAGAAAGAAAGCAAGAAAGAGAGUGUAAGAGGAAGGAAGAACAGAUAGAGAUAAAGAGAGAGUGAGUGAAAGAGAAUCACAGUGUGAAUAUGGCAUGAAUGUAAAUCGGCUUUUGAAUGCUCUUGAUGGAAAUAAAAAUCAAAUGUAAUGAUGUGGGCACUUUGAGCUUUUUUACCAAAUAUAACCAACUGAAUGCAAAUCGGCUCUACCAAGUGCAAGAGAGAACAGCAACAGUUUGUACUUAUUUUGUACAUUUUAUGCCGCAUAUUAAAAUGUCCAUAUAUACUUCUUUUGUACUGCCUUCUACUUGCUUCUACUUCAGUAUAGUUUCUUCAUGUGUUUCCUUGUAUUUGAUUGAUGUUUGUGUAUGUCUUUAUUUCUGUCCGUCUUUUUUACUCAAAGUCAAUAAACUAUAAGCACACCCGA